AUCAUGAGGCGUGUAGGUGGCUUUCAGCUAACUCUUGAAGCUCUGGAUCUGAUAACAGUGGUAGUACCACCUGCCCUACCAGCCGCCAUGACUGUGGGAAUGUUUUAUGCUCAAAGUAGAUUGAAAAAGAAACAGAUUUAUUGCAUUUCACCUAGAAGUAUAAAUGUAUCUGGUUCCAUCAAUUGUGUGUGUUUCGAUAAGACAGGAACUCUAACAGAAGAUGGAUUGGAUAUGCAGUGUGUUGUUCCAGCUAAUAAUAAACAUUUUAAAUCAGCCGUGACAAAUGUUGAAACGCUUCCCUAUGACGUUUUGCUUUUUGGUCUAGUUUCUUGUCAUUCAUUGACUAUAAUCGAUAAACAGAUAGUUGGAGAUCCAUUGGAUUUGAAGAUGUUUGAAAGCACCAAAUGGGUGAUGGAAGAAUAUGAAGUAGCUGACAACAACAAAUUUGAUAUGAUCUACCCAACAGUUCUGAAGCCACCCAAAAAUCGGCCAAAUGAACACCAGAACAUAACCGAUGACGUCGAAAUUGGUAUUAUUAAAGAGUUUCCUUUUUCGAGCAAUUGUCAGAGAAUGGGCGUAAUUAUAAGACGUCUUGGAGGUACACACUUCGAAUACUACUGUAAAGGAUCUCCGGAAAUGCUUCUGAAUUUUAUUAAUCCAGACACCGUUCCUGUUAAUUUUUCUGAUAUUUUGGAGUCUUACACCGAAGAAGGGUAUCGAGUUAUUGCAUUGGCACAUAAGAAGUUGAAAAUGUCUUAUGCCAAGGUGCAAAAAGUGCAGAGAGAGGCCAUAGAAAAAGAUUUAGACUUCCUAGGGUUCAUUAUUUUGGAGAAUAGAUUAAAACCAGAGACAACUCCUAGUAUACAAGAACUAAAUGAUGCCGAUAUUAGGGUCAUUAUGGUUACAGGUGACAAUAUUUUGACUGCUCUGAGUGUAGCGAAAGACUGUGAUAUUGUGACAGCAAAUCAGUCCAUAAUUAGUGUCAAUUGUGAUGAUAACGAACCACCUAACCUCUAUUAUACCCUCACCAGUACAAAAGCUAUGCCUUCAGAUGUGAGUAUUCUGACGAAUUCUGCGAGCGCCGUGAGUUUAGAAACCAUUGAGAGUCAAGUUCAUACGCUGACAAAUGAUGUUUCUCAAACUGGAUGUAGCAGGCCUAGUAUGCUGUUGAAUAAUUAUCGAUUUGCCAUGACUGGGAAGGUAUGGGAAGUAAUCAAAGAACAUUAUCCUGAUUUAUUACCUAGGAUUUGUACUAGAGGUACUAUUUUUGCCAGGAUGGCUCCCGAACAGAAGCAGCAACUUGUACAGGAACUUCAAGGUUUAGGUUAUUGUGUUGCUAUGUGUGGAGAUGGGGCCAAUGACUGUGGAGCCCUCAAAGCAGCUCAUACAGGAAUUUCUCUGUCAGAUGCGGAAUCAUCGGUGGCUUCUCCAUUCACAUCUAGAAAUCCCAACAUAGAUUGUGUUAUACAAGUGAUAAAAGAAGGCAGAGCAGCAUUAAUCACAAGUUUUGGCAUAUUCAAAUACAUGGCCUCUUAUUCUAUGUGUCAGUUUGUGACAGUACUCCACUUGUACAGUAUUGAGUCUAACCUUACCGAUUUUGAGUUUCUCUAUAUUGAUUUGGCAAUGAUUUCAGUGUUUGCUUUCUGCUUUGGCAGAACUGAAACUUAUCCUGGAAAAUUGGUAAAAGAAACUCCACUUAGUAGUUUGGUCAGCUUGACUCCAAUGCUUAGCAUGAUCCUCCAAUCUAUUCUUGUUGUUUUUUUCCAAGAGGCAGCAUUACAACAUUUGAAAUCAGAACCUUGGUAUGUGCCUCUAAAUACUACUAAGGAUGAAGAAGUAGCUUGUGUAGAAAAUUACACUCUUUUUACUAUCUCAAGUUUCCAGUACAUUAUUUUAGUUAUAGUAUUUUCUAAAGGUUACCCAUACCGUAAAAGUAUUUUUUCCAACUGGGGGUUUUUGACAAGCAUUCUUAUCAUGACAAGUGUUUCGGUUUAUUUAACCUUAUUUCCGGUAGAUUUUUUAAUAAGAUUAUUUGAGUUGGUUCUACCGGAGGACUUUAAUUUCAGAUUAUAUCUUUUGGGCUAUGCAGGUGCACAUUUUAUUUUAGCGUUAUUGGUGGAGUAUUUGAUAGUUGAUGAGAUAUUUUUUAAACGUUUACGUUUCAAAUUCCAUAAUUUGGACAAAUCCAGAAGAAAAUAUUUGGCUAUUGAACGAGAUUUGAAUCGAGACAGAAAAUGGCCAGUAUUAACUUCUGAUUUUCAGUCUGCUGCUAGUCCUUCAAGCCCUGAGCCAGUUUUCAAUGCUGAAAUUGUUAUUGAGAAAGAAAAGUUUACCAAAGAUCAUGUUUUAAAUAAACUGUAUGAGGCUUCAGAAAAUCCAUUUGAAAAUCCACUUAAUAGUGAGAGUUCAAAAAUCACUGGGUGUUCAGAAAACAUUACUCAUUCACCAAGAAAUGUUGCAGAGUUUCAAGUAAAUGGGGUGGUAGGCCUAGGAAAUGCCUGUGCCACUGGUUACUUCAGCCAAGAAGACCUACUGUUUUCUAGUCUUCCUUCCGAUACUCAAACUAGUCCUAGUGAUACUUUCAAAAGUUUGAGCAAUAACACCAAUACAAACUAUGAUUUAACUAAUUCAAAUGCCAAUAUACCUGAAUUACCAUUUGAUGAGAAGACUGCUUCCCCUAAAAAUACCCAAUCUGCUUCUGAAAAAAUGGGUUUUGGCAUAGUAUUUCAAAAUAUUUCAGAAAAGAGCCCUCAAAGAAACAUUCAAUUACUCAAAUCAAUGAAAAUUCAGAAUUCGCCAAUUGGAACACCUAAUAAAGAUGUCGGUAAUUUCAAUUCAUUUGGAAGAAGUCCUCCACAAACUCAAGUUAUACCCAAACCUUUAGAAAUGAAUAACUUUGAAAUGAAUAGUUGAGAAAAGUUAUUAGUCAUAUCAUCCAUUGAAAUUAUUUCAAUUGAUAGGUGACGUUUGAGAAAUUUUAUUUGAAUUUUAACUUUUUUGAUAUGAACAUGUCGGUAUUAAAAUAAUAAUGAUGUGUUUGAAAGGACUUUGUAAUGAAGAUAUAAUUUGACUUUAGUGAUUGAUAUUUAGGAAGUUUAUGUGAUAAAAGAACACUAUAGUGAAACUGUGUAAUUUUAAGAUGUCUAAUGAUUUUUUUUAUUUAUUUGAAAUUCAGUUAUAUUACUAAAAUAUUAUUUCAUUUGGUUCUAUAUCCCAAAUAAUUUCUCCAGUCUUCCCUCAUUCAUGUUUCAUAUCAUAUUUACUGCUCAGUACUUAGUGAUUGUAAAGAGAAAUGAAAACUGAUCAACCUUCAAAUAUGAACGAGUGUAUUCCUCAGAUAAAAAUGGUUCAGCGUAACACUGAUUUUAGUGAGAUUUAGACAUUUCUGUAGUAUUUUGAUAGUUGUCUGAAAAAAAAAAAGUAUUAUACAUUUAGGAUAGUGAAAUUGAAUGUAAAAAAUCUAUAUUAUUAGAAAGAAAAUGUUCGCUGUAUAGUUUAAUCAUAGCCAUCUCCAGUAACAAACCAAGAUGAUAGAAGUGGCAACGCUGUUCAUAAUCCUGAGUUGUGAAAUAAUGGUUAAUUUCUAUAUUACCUACAUUAGAUAAUGUUUCCUACUGCCAUCUAUAGGAACAGCCGUUUACAUCGACGGAAGCGGAGCCCAUUUUGUACACAUUUUUUUAUUUAUUAUAUUGUGUAAAUGCCUACCAUCCGAAGUACAUACAUCGUAUUCUUAUACAGUAUCUCGAUGGGUGGAAUUUACAAACUCUGGCGUGAAGUUGAAGGACUCUCUACUUACGAAUGUGCGGUGUUGUCAAUUGUGUCAUCAUAGCUUGUGACUGCAGUUUUUCAAUAUAACUACCCUAAAAUGAAUAACUAAUACAUACAUUAAUUUUAAAUAACUCAUGUUUUGGUACAUCUGAAUGGCUUUACGUUUGAUUAAUUUACGAAUACGAAUUUUUGUUCCUCGGAAAGUUGUUUUUUGUUAUUUUUUGCGGUUUACGUAAUUAAUUUUAUUGAUUAAUUUUAUAGGAAUAAUCAUUACCAUUAUAGUAUAUGACGUGAUGCAUUUUAUCAUCAUUUAAUUCAUUAGGGCUAAAAAGUGUAUAAUUUUGUCAUUGAAAUAUUGUUACUUAAUUGUUGAUACUUUUUUGUUCAACUUUUAUUUAGAGCUAUCUACACCAAAUUCAUUUAAAUCAUAUAUAAUUACACAAUAAAGGAAAUUUUCACAUGAAA